UACAACCUGAGUGUUGAGAUGCCACAUCCACUGCUGUACUCGUCACGGCUGGUCGCCAUAUUAAACCUGAACUGAAUCAGCGACGGUCCGACCGCGGUAGGGAUCGCGAGGGGCCCCUCUCUCCCAAACAAAUCCCGAAUUACACCUUUAUUCCCCUUAUUCACCCCGGAAAUCAUUUAUGCAUUGGACUGAAUAAUCCAGUCUGUUCUCAGACAGGAGUCUGGGAAGGAGGUUUUGUUUUAGUGUGUUUGAGAAAUGAGUACUUUGACCCAGCGGAGUUCCGGCCUGGUGCAAAGGCGCACCGAGGCUUCGCGCAGCGCUGCAGCCGCAGACAGAGAGCGCGGAUCCGGCGACGAGGACUACGAGCCUCGCCGUGGAGACGAGCAGGACGACGACGACAGCGGCGAUGCCAAGGAAACCAGACUGACCCUGAUGGAGGAAGUACUGCUGCUGGGCUUGAAAGACCGAGAGGGCUACACCUCCUUCUGGAAUGACUGCAUUUCAUCAGGCCUGCGGGGCUGCAUGCUCAUUGAGCUGGCCUUACGAGGAAGACUGCAGCUGGAGGCCUGUGGCAUGAGGAGGAAAAGCCUGCUCGCCCGGAAGGUUAUAUGUAAGUCUGAUGCUCCAACGGGGGACGUGCUGUUGGACGAGGCUCUGAAACACAUAAAAGACACUCAGCCGCCCGAAACCGUGCAGAGCUGGAUAGAGUUGCUCAGUGGCGAGACAUGGAACCCGCUGAAGCUUCACUACCAGCUGCGUAACGUCCGAGAGCGCCUGGCCAAGAACCUCGUGGAGAAGGGCGUCCUUACCACAGAGAAGCAAAACUUUCUUUUGUUCGACAUGACUACGCACCCCCUUACCAAUAAUAAUAUUAAGCAGCGCCUUAUUAAGAAGGUGCAGGAAGCCGUGCUGGACAAGUGGGUGAACGAUCCUCACCGAAUGGACAAGCGUAUUCUGGCCCUUAUAUUCCUCGCCCAUUCCUCUGAUGUACUAGAGAACGCCUUCGCCCCGCUGCUGGAUGACCAGUACGAUCUGGCCAUGAAGAGAGUACGGCAGCUGCUGGACCUGGAGCCUGAGGGCGAGAGCAUGAAGAGCAACACCAAUGAGCUGCUGUGGGCUGUGGUGGCCGCCUUCACCAAAUGAAGCAGGUUCAGUUCUGAUGGACGUGCGAUGGAAAAUAAAACGGUUGGACUGGUAAAAUGAGGUUUGAGAAGUUUUGACCUGGUGUAUCAAAAUGGUUUUCUUGUAGAUAUCACCCUUCCUCCCUACUCUCUCUGCAAGAUCUAUCAUUGGGUUUCUCUCUUUUGUUUGAAAACGGGACCGGUGUAUUUUAAUCGUUUGUUCAUUUGAAUGCAAUUGGGUACUUUCUCAUCGUAGACUGUUGGAACAUUUACAUUUUGCAUUGCUGCACAAAACAGCCUGUUUUUCUUUUCUUUUUUUCCCUUGCCUGGACAUCCGUGUUGGGUACCUAACAGAUUUUUACAAUGUUUUGUCAUCAGUUUCGUACAUUUAAUUGGAAUUGAUUCUUUGUGACCGAAGUGGUGUACGCCAAAGCAGUAUCUGCAUAUAUGACUCAACAGAUGCUCAAGAAAAUAAAAUACACUUCAGUGUAUCAUAUUUUUUAAUUCAAUUUGUUUUCAUACUAAUAAUGGGGCCUAAAAAGAAACCAAAAAUGUUAUCAAGGAUUAAAUCCUGUUGUGGUAACAGAUUAGUGGUUUGUGGCAAGUGUGCUAGCAUUAGCAACUUCACGUUCACACUACUGAAACAAAACAAAAAAAGAAAAUAGUGUUUUAAUGGCUAGUAAAUACAAAUUUGGAAAGGAGACACAAAGUUCAGGCUGUUAGAUGAUCUGUAUUGUAUUUACUGGAUGGAUUAUCAGCAGUUUUUAUAACAGCUGUACCAUUGCGAUUCCUUCCGUUUGGUCCAUAAACACCCCACAAAUGAUUCAAACUCUACCUCUUCACACAUUUAUUGUUGUGAUUCCUCAUUAGCUUUCUCUUAUGUUAGUUAAAGAUGGAUUUAAAAUGUACUUUUAUGUGCCUGAGAUUGGUUACAGGAUGCAUAGCUCUCAAGGUGCAGGAUGUACUGUAGCUCUUUGUUAAAUGGCAUUAAUGGAGCUAGAUUCAGAAAGCGUUUGUUACUCAGUUGCUCUGUAGUCUCCCUUUGUAUAUGCCUACCAGUAAAUAAAUUCGAGGACCUCAAAGAGUUUAAUUUUAAGGAAUCUGUGUCCUCCCAGAAAAUAAACACAUCUGUAUGGCAUUGAGCUUCAUUUUCUUUAAAUAUUUUUCCAUUGAUUUAUAUAGAGGUUAGCGCAAGUCCUCAAGGUUUUAAGAGAUGUUUUAUGGAAACUGUUUUGAAUGUCGAAAGAUUUUCAAUUCAUGUACUCACACUUCUAAACAAACAUAAGAUUAAAAAAACUUAUAUAUAUAUAUAGUGACUUUAAAAUGUGACUUUUAUAUGUAAGAGCAGAUUCCUCCAUUUUCUCGAGUCAGUAUAUUUUUGAUAGUAUUUUAUUAUCAUUAGCUGAUUGGCGGUAGUAUGGCUUGACAUUGCAUUCUGUCACAAUCUAGUUUAAUCUGUAUCUAGUUUAUGUAAUCAUGCUGCUUACCACAUGAGCAAACUCUGUAUCAAACCUGUUCAUUUUGCCUGGCAUGUAAAAGCUGGCACAAGCAUGUCUUAAUUUUGUUUUUACACUAUGAAUAUUUGUUGAGAAAGCCUUCAUUCAAUCAACAUAUUCUAAUGUUUGUUUGUUUGUUUGUUUUUUGUCAUUAUGCUGAUUUUUAUUCAGUUUUAUAGCAAUAAUUUAAAUCAACAUGCUUUUGUUUUGCUUCUUAUUUUCUUCACAAUGAUGCUAAAUGCUUGCUUCACAAUAGUUAAUUGUAUGUAGCGAUGGUCUGGGAAAUUCACCAAUUGUUUGGAAGAGUCAACCUAAGGGAUUUUCACGUGUCUGAAAAGUGUCUGAUUGAAAGAAAAUUAAGAUCAUGUGUGUAGCUUUAGGACUCACUAUUAAGGGACCCCAAUGUAUAUACUUUCUUAUUACAAUGAAAUAAACUAUGGUCUUGAAAGUG